CCAGCUUCUUUCGCUCUCACACAACUUGCUCGCGUGCAGUGUGUCAAUCUUGCGGUUUUUCUCCUUCUUUUCUCAACAUCAGUCCUUAGACUCCCCCCAAAAUGUCUUCCUUCCCCCCAGUUUACAUUGUUUCGGCUGUCCGCUCGCCGGUGGGCAUGUUCCUGGGCUCUCUCUCUGGUGUGACGGCAAUUCAACUCGGUUCCCAUGCUAUCAAAGCCGCCGUCGAGCGUGCUGGCCUCAAAUCUGAAGAUAUCCAGGAGGUCUUCAUGGGCAAUGUGCUUUCUGCGAAUCUCGGCCAAAACCCCGCCCGUCAAUGUGCUAUUGGCGCCGGGCUCCCUGAAUCUGUCGUUUGCACAACGGUAAACAAAGUCUGCGCCUCGUCCAUUAAAGCCCUCAUCGUUGGCGCCCAAACAAUCAUAACUGGAAAUGCCGACAUUGUCGUUGCUGGCGGAACCGAGAGCAUGUCGAACACACCACACUACCUCCCCAACAUGAGGACUGGUGCCAAGUUCGGCGACCAGUCGUUGGUCGACGGUGUACUCAAGGAUGGUCUCACAGACGCGUAUAAGAAGGAGCAUAUGGGUCUUCAAGGAGAAGAGUGUGCGGAUGAUCAUGGCUUCAACCGCGAGCACCAAGACGACUACUGCAUCCGCUCUUAUAAGAAGGCCAAUGCAGCCCAGGCAGCAGGCUGGUUCAAGGAGGAAAUUGCUCCUAUCCAAGUGCCUGGCGGUCGAGGCAAGCCGGCUAUCACGAUCGACACAGACGACGAGCCCAAGAAUUUUAACGAAUCCAAGACCCGCAACCUCCGCCCUUCCUUCAAGGCUAAAGACGGCACUGUCACCGCUGCCAACGCAUCACCCCUCUCCGAUGGCGCAGCGGCUCUCGUUCUUGUCUCCGAAGCUGCACUCAAAGCCCAUAAUCUAAAACCCAUGGCUAAAAUCCUUGGCUGGGGCGACGCCGCCCAGAACCCAUCCAAAUUCACCACCGCCCCUGCGCUCGCUAUCCCCAAGGCUCUCAAGCACGCACAGGUUGAGCAGAGCGCUGUGGAUGCCUUUGAAAUCAACGAAGCAUUCAGCGUUGUGGCGCUGGCGAACAUGAAGUUGCUAGGUCUAAGUGAAGACAAGGUUAACCUUCACGGUGGUGCCGUUGCUUUAGGUCACCCAUUGGGGGCAUCAGGUGCGAGGAUCACGACAACGCUUUUGGGUGUGUUGAGGGAAAAGAAGGGCAAGAUUGGGUGUGCGGGUAUCUGCAAUGGCGGCGUCAUUGCAGUAAAUCCCAACAGGAAGGAGGAAUAUGUAAGUGGACGGUAG